CUGAGGUUUAGCCAUGUGGAUGAGUCUGCCGCCGUCAUACACGUACUCCUUCGGCUUCACAGCCUGAGAGCUUGGCAGCUUACAGUUACUUCGUCCGUUGGCAUCGAUGAUAUACGCUGAACACUUAUAAUCGUGGACGACAAUCCCACUGACAACCGUUGUCCAGCAUGCCCUCACUCGCCGUUGUUCGCGAGUCGAACGCGAAGUUCUCACCACCUACAACCCCUGUCGCAAUCUUCCUGGGCGGGACGUCCGGGAUCGGACAGGGCACUGCACAAGCCUUCGCGCGUUACGUCAAGGGCAACGCGCACAUCAUCCUCGUAGGGCGGAACCGCGCCGCCGCCGAAGCGAUCAUCGCGACAUUCCCCAAGGCCCCCAACUCGAAGUACGAAUUCGUAUACUGCGAUGCGAGCCUCAUCCGCAACAUACCCGAAACGACAUCCGCGCUCCUCGCACGACUCCCCAAGGUGAACUACUUGGUCCUGAGCAGCGGCGCGCUCCCGUCGGUAUGGGACGCCAUACGAGGCAUAGAGCAUAGAACGGAGGAAGACAUCGACCGAUUGCGGGCAGUACUGUUUUAUUGCCGCACGAAGUUCGUGCUCGAUCUCCUGCCACUCCUCCAGAAGGCGAGGGAUGCCGGCGAGGACGCGCGAGUCCUGAACGUUGGCGCUGCAGGGCAUGGUGGUCCUAUCGAUUUCAAUGACAUGGGGAUGCGCCAGACCUCCGGUGUGCUGAAGAAGCGAGGGAUCGCGGUGACGUACCUCGACUCGGUGAUGGAGAUCUUUGCGUCCCGCGUGCCCGGAGCGAUGUUCUCGCAUAUCUAUCCCGGUUUAGUCGACACACCUCUCCUACCUUGGUUGGUAAGGAUUUUGGGAAAGCCGUUCGCUACAUCGAUCGACGACUGCGGAGAGUAUAUGCUCUACGCGCUUCUUAACGGAGGUGCGGGCGCGCCGCGCCAGGGCGAGCACGGUGACGAUCUCGGGCAAGUGGGCUAUUAUGGUGGGGACGAAGUCCGCGAGCGGGUCUGGGCCCACACGACGGAGGUCAUUGAGAAGGCGUUGGCUGCGGGCUCCGCGAAGAGCGGGGUCAAUGUCUGAUCUGGUACGAUCUCGGCGUGGGGCGGAAUCGGGGCGUGUACUAUGAGACAUUGUUUGUCGGCGAUCUAUAGUGGUAACGUGCGCAGGUCAAUGUCCGGACCUCCUCCCGAAGACGAUGCCGCGAUUGAAGUUAUCGUGCUUCGCACAGCUCAGCAGCGCUCGUGACGAGGCGCCCGCGGUGCCGCUAUGCGCUCGCGACCUUCUUUGUGACUACAUUUAACGCCCAUGCAGUCGGGUGCGAGCGGAUAACACAUGUCAUUUCAACGCUUCGCAGAUUGAUCUCG